GACUCUCGCUGCGCUCAGACGCGCUCCGCGUUCCGCCCGGCUCAGACACCCCGAUGGCCCCCCACCAGCGGGACUGCGCUAACCAGACCCCCAGUCCCGGCUCCAGGCUCCCCUAGCGAAGGCAGGACCUCCAGAGCCUUCCCCUGGAAUACCGCAUUGUUUAUAAUUUCCCCAGCAGCGCGGCGGACGGAGAGCGGGAGGAAGAGGAUGGUGCUGAUGAUGCGCCCGCGAUGCUGGAUUUCCCUUUUGUGCGUCUAUCAAUUGAUGCACGUCGCUCACCAGAGCAGCGCCGAUGUCCGGAACGGAGACGCCUCGUCGAGCUGGAAGGCGCUUCGUGAUGCGGCCAGGUUCGUCGGGAAGGAGGACACGGUGCCUCUCCGGCUGCUCUACAGCAGACACAACCUGAGCCAGAUCACCCAGGACCGCAUCAGCACCAGGGUCAAGCCCCGAUCCGGAUCCGGCUCCACACAGGUGAAUCAUGUGGCCCAAGCCAGCUUUCAAGUUGAGGCUUUUGGGAGAAAAUUCAUACUGGAUGUGGAACUGAAUCACGAUCUCCUGUCGUCGAGCUAUGAGGAGAGGCAUCUGUCAAAAAACGGGAAGACUGUCGUCACCACUGGAGGCGAGCACUGCUACUACCAGGGAAAGGUCAGAGACGCCCCCUACUCUUUCGUGGCUCUGUCAACCUGCCACGGACUUCAGUAA